AUGCUUCGGUCGUGCCCUGAUCUUUCAUGGAACACACGUGCUGAUAUUUAUUUUUGCAUCGCUCAAUCGGCAUACGCCGAAAAAUUGUAUCCAUAUGCAUAUGAUCACCUGAAAAAAGCAGAAGAUGCCAUCAAACAAGAAGCUGCAGCGAAUAAUAAAACAAUGUCGGCUCCUCGACCAAUACACGCAGAGGAUACCAACCUUUCCCUUAUGUGUAUUACCACAAAUCUGGGUUUAGUUUAUCAGGCAAUGCACGAUUAUACAAACGCCAGAGCUACUUUCAAUGAAGCUCUUACGAAGGAGAAUGGCUCAGAUGACGACAAAGGCAAAUUGUACUAUUGUAUUGGUGCGAUCGAAUUUGAAGAUGGUAGUUACCAACAAGCAAAUGAUUAUUAUCUGCAAGCCCUUGACCUCGUCCGGGAUGCUGCAUUAAAAGAAGAAAUCAAUCAGAAACUAUGCACAGUGAAAACUAUUCUCGGUUCACGAAUUGCUUGUGCUGAAAAAGAAAAAGAGUGA